UGUUAUGUUUCUAUAUUUGAUGUAUUCGGGGUUUUUCUUGCCUUAUGGCUCUUUAAAAAUGAAUGGCUUGUCCUUAUUGAGGCAGAAUAAUGGUACAGGGUUUUAUUGGCCUGGGCGGUGUAUUCGGAUAUCGUCGAUGAUGGAGCCGAUGGCCAUGUGAAAAAGCAUGUGGACGUGGCUUUGGAAGCGGCUUGCAGUUUGAAGCACGCAAGUCACCAUAAAUCUGCACCAGAAGAAGCUCAUGAACGCAUGUGUUUACAGUAAGGAUGGCAGAGAGUGAAGAUGGCAAGUGCCAAGAAGCCGGCUCGCAGAAGUCGGCCACUUCUGAAAACAGGAGUCAGAAAAUGUCAGUUCUGACCUUCCGACUAGGCAAAAAAAAAAGAAGAGAAAAAGAAGAUUGUAAGACAGAUGGCACCAGUCCAGCAUCCAGCACGGAGCCUCCUGACGCACCAAGGAAGAAGACUGUUGAACAACCAUCCUCUGAAGACAGAGCCAUCUCAUCAUCUAAAUCCAAAUUUCUAAAAUUUACAAAAGUAAUUUUUUUUAAAAAGAACUUGCAACAACAGAGUAAUAAGAUCCAGCCUUCAGAGAUUCCUUUGACUUUUGAGCAGAACCUAAAAGAGCAGUACUUUGCAGAGGCAGGGAAGCAGCUGAUAAACCGUGAGGAGCAUCUGUUUUCAGUGAAACAAGAUGGGGUGGAAUCCAGCAAGAGCCUUGUGGAGGAAGAGGAGGAUAAUGAGAAAAGUCUGAGAAAAGACUUUGAAGACCUUUUGGAGGAGGUGUGGUCAACAGUGGAGAAUUCCUUCGAGGCUCAAACAGAGAAAAAGACAGCGGCGCUAAAACAGGCAGUCCUGGUCAUACAACAAGAGGAGGAGCAGGACAGGAGAUGGGAAGGGGUAGCAGAAAAAGAGCGCCCUCCAUGGAGGCCUCGGUGCUGCAGGCGGACACACGACUCUCUGCUUCAGAAUAUGGUUCAGCGGCGAAUGGAAGAGGCAAAGUUAGACUCAAACGCUGACAUUAAAUCUUCAAUUCCAAAGGGAAUCACAGGCAAAGGUAAACAACUUAAGGAGGACCUGCUACACAUUGUAGAAUAUGUGAGGAGCUGCUACCCAGGAGAGAAUGUGUGCCAACUAUAUGCUGAAUUAUACCAUCAGGCCUUUUGUGCUACGCUCAGAGAAAUCACUGACUAUGGACUCUGUAAUGAUGACUGCUCACAUGUGCUGCAGUGGGUGAACAUACAUUAUCCCAGUAUCCUGAGGCUUAAAGAGCUUAAAGGGGUUAUUGAAUAUGAACAGCUAGAAGCACUCCUGCCUGAAAAUGUGCUUAAACCACUGGAGGAGCAGUGUUUGACCGAAAUAGAGGAAAAGCUGCAAACAUGGUGCCAAAAUAUUUUAAAAGAGGAGAAAGCUGAGCCUGAAUUGAGGGAUGGAUGCUACUUCAGCCCUCUGGCCACUGAUGUGAUUAAGUGUGUCCAUGAUGCUAUAAUGUCAGCACAGGAAGUGCUGGGCUCUUGCUCAGAGUCUCAGAGGAUCACACACCAGAUUAAAGAAUUCUUCAUUAGUUACCAGGAUUACCUUAAGAGCAUGACUGAGGGUAAUGAGGGGAACACUGAUGCUGUACUGAAGGCCAACCUUCUCUGCAUCAGACAAUUCAGGGAAUACAUAACAACGAAUCAAGAACUCUUUCCUACACAUAUUAAGUCUGACUGUAUGAGUUUGCUGCUCAGCAUAAGAGAACUGUGCCAUGCCUAUUUCACCAAGUCUGUCCAGAAAGAUCUGAAGGGGACAUAUGCCAAACUGGGUACUAGUGAGUGGCUCAAACACAGUGAACAUGUGUGUGGUGAGCUGCUUGAAGGAGUGGACACACACAUUCAGAAACUCACUAACUUUGACAAAACAUGCCUUCAGGACCUGCUCAGUCAUCUUCACAAAGAAGUGCUGGCAGAGUAUGUAAGGAAAAUGAUGAAGAAGAAGAACAAACUUGGAGAUGAGAAUAUACAACAGGCAGCUGAGGCAUUACGUGACAACAACCAGAGAAUACACACCAUGUUUAUUGAAGCUGGGUCAAGAAUGGAUAAACUGAAAGACGUCCUGGAAAGUCUUGCUGAUCUGCUGAUACUGAAAGAUCUACACACUAUUGAAUUAGAGCUUGUGAAUGUGUCCAAAAGCUACCCCGACUUCAGUGAAGCUCAUGUCUGCGCCUGGCUGCAUCUCAGGGCGACCCUCUCUACCUCAGAGCUCAGAAUGAUCAAGAAGACUUUCUCAGAGUUACGGGAGCUAAACACACCAGAAGAAACUGAUAAUCAGGAGCAGGAUCCGCUCUACUCAAGCAGAGAUUUCUUCUCUAAAGUGCUUGUGAAAUGCACUGCACACCAGUCCCUUAGCCACAUGCUGAGUUGUAUUUAAAGUUUAUUGUGCAAACAUUUUAAUGUUUUUCCAAUGCUUUUCUUAUAUUUUAUAAAAAAAAGAUUUGUUUAUAAAUGUUCUGUGUUGUGC